AUGCCUCCUACUGGUCUCGCCAUCCUCCUCGGCGCCGGCCCCACCACCGGUGCGGGCAUUGCCCGGGUGCUCGCGCGGGCCUCGCAAGGAAACCUCGCCGUCGCCCUUCUCUCACGCAGCGGCGACGUGCAGCUCGCAGAGCGGCUGUCGCGCGAAUCCGACGGCGGGGUGCUCAAGGCGUUUAAAACCGACACGACGGAACAGAGCCUGAACCGCGUGUUUGAUGAGGUCCAGCAAUGGUCCGCAUCGCUCGGCAAUGACGUGAAAUUGAAGUUGGCUAUCUGGAGCAUCAAGCACUCGCACAAGACGCCCUUCGAGGACGAAUCCGCCCAGCGCUUCGGCGACAGUCUGCAGACCUACGUCACCGGCGCCAUGGUAUUUAGCCAGCUGUGUCUCAAGUGGAUGCUGGCCCAAUAUCCGGCAGAUGUGGAGCCGAGCUCAGAAGGAGGUGCGGAAGAGGAAAUGGUCAAGAAGGGAACGUUGAUCUUCACGGGCACGUUGGGUGCUUUGAGGACGAAUCCUGGCUACGCCGCCUACGGAGCCGGCAGGGCCGGUGUGAGGAUGCUGGCACAAAGUCUGGCAAGGGAAUAUUCGGCCAAGGGCGUCCACGUCGUUCACGCCAUUGCAAACGGCGGCAUCGUCGAUGCCGAUGUAUCUGGAGGUACCGAAGCGGACGCGGAUGCAAAGGCGAAACACGCCAAAGUCCUGCUGGGAGAAAGGAUUCGCGCGGAAAGUGUUGGCAAACUGUACCUCGAGUGCAUGCGCCAGGGCUGCGACCUGUGGGUCCACGAGUUGGACAUGAGGCCUGCAAGGGAAAAGUUUUAA